GCGCUGGAGCCGCGUGAGAGGCGCUGCGUUUGGAGAGAGACUGCGGAGAAACUGGAAACUACGCAAAACUGGAAUAUUUUCGCUAAAAAAAAAACAAACCAAAAAAAUCUGGAACGCGUGCGUGCUUUUUUCUUCAUUUUAAGAAGAGCUUCUUCUGCACGCACGAGAGCAAGACUGAGCCAGACUGAGAUCUCCUCAAGUUAUUUCUAUUUUAUCUAAUCUGGACUGGAUUGGAUUUUGCAUUGGAUUGCUGUGGACUGUUAUCAGAGAACUAACUGCCUCGCGCGCCUCUGGACACUGAAAAAAGGCUUGCGUGGAAAAGCCUCGUCAACAACGCCGUGUGGAUUUUUACAUUUCAUUUAUUGGAGGAGCAUUGUCGUGAAGUGGAGCGAGCGAGCGCGUGCCUGCAUGCAUGCAUGCAUGCUACAAUUACACAAUACAUUCAUUCAAGACAAGACUGGCUGGCUGGCUCGUGCAACAGUAGCAGCAACAGAAAAAGGAGAAGAAGCAGCAGCAACAGCAGCAGGAGCGACGCCGGGAACAUCAUCACUUUUGCACGCGCGCGGGUUGCGGCUCAUCUCUAUCUGUUUUUCCUCUUUGGUUUAUCUUCUUGAUCUGGAUUCUGUAUUGCUUCUUUUAACGGAUUGUGCCCUGGUUGGCUAAUCACGGACUGAUAACGUUAACGAUAAUGAUAUUGAUGAGGAUGAGAUUGAGGAUGAAGAUGAGAGGCGUCUUCCCGUGAGCGCGCGCUCUGUGGUGGACUGUGGAUCGGACACUGGGUUGGACGCUCAGGAUUUUUUUCUUUGCGCUUCUGGAUAAAAUGAAAAUAAAAAGAUAAAAAUAAAAGCAAGCCAGUUCCAGUUCGUGGGAAACUAAACGGGAGGAUGGUACAUAACGUUACAUACAUAUGAGGUGAUGAAGAGAGCGAUCAGUAACGUUACUGGAUCGGAACAUUUUUCUAAUUGUUUUAUUUCUUAUUUUUAAUUCAUAGGAAAGGAAAGAUUCGGAUUCAUUCAAACUUAUUGAUCUGCUCGUGCUUCGUGCUCCGUGCGUCGUGUUUUUAGCUCAUUUAGCUUUUGCUCGGUUCGGUUCGCAGCGGUUCGGGGCGGAUGUUCUGAUAGUAGUAGUAAUAAUAAUAAUAAUAAUAAUAAUAAUAAUAAUAAUAAUAAUAAUAAUAAUGGGCUACAGUGUUGCUCGUGCUGUGCUGCUGCUUAUUCCUCCGGAGCUCCACGAGCUUGCGUGAACCUUUUUUACGUGUUUUUACGUGUUUUUAUUUUUUUCAUUUUUCGUUUGCGAUGCGUUUGAAUUCUUAGUUUUCUUAUCUUUAUCUUUAGUGAUUUUUAUGAUGGCAUUUUCUGCGUGAUUUUAUUUAAUUAUUUGCAAAAAAUGAAGUGAGUAGAAGUUCCCCCAUCCCUCACACACUUUUUUUCUUUUAUUGUUUUUCUUUUCUCUUUUGAUUUUUUUUUUAUUUUUUUUCUCUCUCUAAGGAUAUUUCACCACCUAUUGGCACCAUUGGGACGGAAUGAGCAGCGGAAUGAUCUGCUGCGUCUAUUAUUACUACCGGGAUGCGUGAAUUCUGUGUCUGGAGCUUAACCCACUAACCGAUCGCGAGCGUUGGCAAGAAGCAUCAACAGGUCGUUUUUUUUUUCGUUUUUCUAUCAUCCUACCCCCCCUUCUACACCCCACUCCCCCACCAUGUAUCUCGCGCACGUCCUCCUGCGCCUUCUCCUGUGCUGCACGAGCGCCAGUGCCGUCUUCAACCUCAAGUACUCCGUGGAGGAAGAGCUGCGCGCGGGCACUAAAAUAGCGAACGUGACAGCCGACGCCAAGGUGGCUGGCUUUGCUUUGGGAAACCGGCAGCCGUACCUGCGCGUGAUCUCUAAUUCAGAACCGCGCUGGGUAAACCUGAGUCCCGCAGGGCUGCUGAUAACCAAGCAGAAGAUCGACCGCGAUGCCGUGUGCCGCCAGACGCCCAAGUGCGUUGUCUCCCUGGAGGUCAUGUCAAACUCCAUGGAGAUCUGCGUGAUCAAGAUUGAGAUCAUUGACGUGAAUGACAAUGCACCACGCUUUCCCGCCCCGCGAAUUGACCUGGAGAUCUCUGAGAAUGCUGCACCUGGCACACGCUACCCUCUGGAGAGUGCCAGCGACCCAGAUGCAGGAAGCAAUGGCGUCCAGACCUACACCAUCACCCCCAACGACAUCUUCGGACUGGAGAUCAAGACUAGGGGUGAUGGGUCCAAGAUUGCCGAGCUUGUCGUGGAGAAAAUGCUGGACCGAGAAAGUCAGUCGCACUACACCUUCGAGAUUACAGCCGAGGAUGGAGGCGACCCACCCAAGACUGGCACAGUGCAGCUCAAUGUCAAGGUGCUGGACUCCAACGACAACAACCCGGUGUUCGACGAGCCUGUGUACACUGUGAACGUGAUGGAGAACGCCCCAAUGAACACCCUCGUCAUCGACUUGAACGCCACAGACCCUGAUGAGGGAACGAACGGUGAGGUUGUGUACUCCUUCAUUAACUUUGUGUCCAACCUCACCAAGCAGAUGUUUAAGAUUGACCCCAAGACUGGCGUCAUCACGGUCAACGGCAUGCUGGACCACGAGGAACUGCGUGUGCAUGAAAUCGACGUACAGGCCAAGGAUCUUGGGCCCAACUCAAUCCCCGCACACUGCAAGGUGAUCGUAAAUGUGGUGGACGUGAACGACAACGCCCCUGAGAUCAAACUGCUGUCUGAGAACAGCGAGAUGGUGGAAGUGAGCGAGAACGCUCCCCUGGGCUACGUCAUUGCACUGGUACGUGUGUCAGACAGUGACUCUGGCGCCAAUGGGAAAGUGCAGUGCAGGCUUCAGGGUAAUGUACCCUUCCGCCUGAAUGAGUUUGAGAGCUUUUCCACCCUGCUGGUGGAUGGGCGCCUGGACAGGGAGCAAAGGGACACGUACAACCUGACCAUCGUCGCAGAGGACAGCGGCUACCCACCUUUGCGUAGCUCAAAGUCCUUUGCGGUGAAGGUGACGGACGAGAACGACAACCCACCAUACUUCACCAAGCCACACUACCAAGCCAUGGUGCUGGAGAACAAUGUACCAGGUGCCUUCCUGCUCGCUGUGUCGGCACGUGACCCAGACUUGGGAAUGAAUGGCACUGUGUCUUACGAGAUUGUCAAGUCUGAGGUACGUGGCAUGUCUGUGGAGUCUUACGUAACAGUCAAUGCCAAUGGAGAGAUCUAUGGCGUACGUGCAUUCAACCACGAGGACACCAGAACAUUUGAGUUCAAGGUUUCAGCCCGUGACGGCGGUGACCCUUCGCUCAGCAGCAAUGCCACGGUGCGCAUUGUUGUGCUUGAUGUCAAUGACAACACCCCUGUCAUGACUACGCCACCGCUCGUCAAUGGCACUGCUGAGGUGUCCAUCCCCAAGAACGCAGGCGUCGGCUACCUGGUCACGCAGAUCAAGGCCGAUGACUACGACGAGGGCGAAAACGGUCGCCUCACUUACUCCAUCUCCGAGGGAGACAUGGCCUACUUCGAGAUCGACCAGAUCAACGGCGAGGUGCGCACCACCAAAACCUUCGGCGAGAACGCCAAGCCCUCCUACCAGAUCACAGUGGUGGCGCACGACCACGGCCAGACGUCGCUAUCCGCCUCGGCUUACAUCGUCAUCUACCUCUCGCCUGACCUCAACACACAGGAGCAAAUGGGGGCCAUCAACCUGUCCCUCAUCUUCAUCAUCGCCUUGGGGUCCAUCGCUGCCAUCCUCUUCGUCACCAUGAUCUUUGUGGCGGUCAAAUGCAAACGGGAUAACAAGGAAAUCCGGACGUACAACUGCAGUUUCUUUUACCUGCGCAGGGUGGCGGAGUACUCCUACGGAAACCAGAAGAAGUCCAGCAAGAAGAAGAAGCUGAGCAAGAACGACAUCCGGCUGGUGCCGCGCGACGUGGAGGAGACGGACAAGAUGAACGUGGUGAGUUGCUCGUCUCUCACCUCCUCGCUCAACUACUUCGACUACCACCAGCAGACUCUGCCGCUGGGCUGCAGGCGCUCUGAGAGCACCUUCCUCAACGUGGAGAACCAGAACUCCAGGAAUGCCGCGCCCAACCAUGGCUACCACCACACCUUCACCGGGCAGGGCCCGCAGCAGCCCGAUCUCAUCAUCAACGGCAUGCCACUGCCAGAGACGGAGAAUUAUUCCAUCGACUCCAGUUACGUAAACAGCAGAGCGCACCUCAUCAAAAGCACGUCCACGUUUAAGGACAUGGAGGGGAACAGCCUGAAGGACAGUGGACACGAGGAGAGCGACCAGACGGACAGCGAACACGACGUGCAGAGAGGACACUACGCCGACACGGCCGUCAACGACGUGCUGAACAUGACCGUGCCUCCAAACAGCUGCCAGCUUCCAGACCAAGAUCCAUCUGAAGGUUUCCAUUGCCAGGACGAGUGCCGGAUCCUGGGCCACUCGGACCGCUGCUGGAUGCCCCGGGUGCCGAUGCCGGCCCGGGCGAAGUCCCCCGAGCACGGGCGCAACGUGAUCGCGCUGUCCAUCGAGGCCACCACCGUGGACGUGCCCCACUACGAGGACUGCGGCACCACCAAAAGGACGUUUGCCACCUUCGGCAAGGACGGGCCGGAGGAGGAGCGGGGCGGCGAGCCGAAGGGCAAGAGGGUGGGCGAGACGACGGCCGUCUGCAGCCCCAAAGCCAACGGGGCGGUGCGCGAGGCGGGCAACGGGCGCGAGGCCGUCAGCCCCAUCACCUCCCCCGUGCACCUCAAGAGCCCCCAGUCCAAAGCGCCAUCCGCCUACAACACGCUAAAGUGCCGAGACGCCGAGCGCAUCGCCAACCACAGCCUGCUGCGGCAGCCGGAGGGCAAGGACAGUGAGCCGGCGGUGCGGGAGAUCAACACGCUACUGCAGGACGGACGGGAGAAGGAGUCCCCCGGUAGCAAACGCCUGAAGGACAUCGUGCUUUAACUGGAACUCGCGACGAGCCACGUAGCGGGCACACGCCAUUCCCCGUAUAAGUGUGUGUGUGUGUGUGUGUUUGGGUGUGUUUAGGACGUGUCAUCAUGCGGCUUGGGCUAGAACGAGUGGCACACACAUGCAGCGGAGCAUAGCUUUCAUUAGGACACGGCGGCGCGACUGCGAGAAUACGGGACUACGAGAUUACGGGACUCUGAGAAACUGGGACUACGAGAUUACGGGACUUCGAAAACGCAAGACUUCGAGAAUCCGGGACUAUGGGACUGUAGAGACACUGGGAAUACCCUGGACAUUGGACUAUAUGGACUAUUAUAUAUAUAAAUUGGAGUUCCAGGUCCAGGAUGUGAUGCUCGGGCUGUCACGUGACCAUGGCGCUUCUGUAGUAACAGCAGUUAAUGUCGUCCUACGUUCUACAUUUAACGUUUUACGCUGUAUGUUUUUCCUUUAUCGCUGUUUCUACGUACCUUUGCAGAACGACGACAGACAAUGAUACCUGUGGUUGUGGACAUGUCUCUGACAUGGUUACUAGACUUGUGAUGCCUUCCAGGUUGGGUACUGCUGCGUGUGACGUUACUCUACGCCAAGCCACGCCACGCCACGCCACGCUAUGACACACCAAUCCACGCUAUGAACACACCAAGCCAUGCCAAGCCAACCCCUGCCCUCACCUGCCACACACUUUCUUGCUUUUCUUGCUUACGUUUUUUUUAUUUCUUCUUUUAAUUCUUUUCGUUCGUACCCGGCGAAGGAAAGGAGAUGGAAAAAAAAGACGAGAAACGAAACGCAAAAAGACGUUUCAGACAUUUCUGUGCACCAGUGAUGCCGCCCAAGAGAGAGAAAGGAAGUCGUGUAAGGAGUACUGAGUACUGUCGCUAAGUUGUAAAGUCAUUGCCUUUAAGACUUUAAGACUUUUAAGUGAUUGCAGAGCGUUUUUCGAUAAUGCCUUCUUUCGGUGCGCGGUCCGCAUCAAGCUGCCAAACGGCCCAAUCAUCUCCCAACAGAACGAUCCCACAGACAUUCUCCAUUGUUUUGGAUUGUUUUAGUUCACAUGGAGAACUUCCAGGCAUUUGAAGACUUUUCCAGACCUUUUCCAGACCUUUUUCGCCACAUGCUGCACUGCCCAACCCAACCCAGCCUUCCUCCCAGCACACGCCAGCGGCACACGAGCGCGCGGGACGCUCCUCGGAUCGGACUUCGGCCCAUUUCGUUUCGCAUUUUCGUCUCCACUAGAAUCUCCUCUUCACUAUUCACUCUUCGCUCUUCACUCUACACGUUCGUCUAGUCGGACGAAACCUCGUCUGUUUUCCUUCGAGCCUAUUCAAGAUAUUCAUUCCAGUGUUUAACAGAAAACAAAAAAAAUCCCUAAUAUAAAAAAAUAUAACAAAAAACUGUGAGGCCGUUACAGUUACAGUAGUAAUUUGUUAUCACCGAUGGAGCUUAAAUAACAAUGAACUCUUGCUCUUGCUGUCUGUCCACACUUUCUGAAAAACUGGAAUAGCCCAGAUUUAUAUAUAUAUAUAUAUAUAUAUAUAUAUAUAUAUAUAUAUAUAUAUAUAUAUAUAUAUAAAGCAUAUAUAUAUCAAAACAGACUCAUUGCUUUUGAAAUCUCCUGUGCCCAUUCUUGAUUGUAGCCGGUGGAGCACAGUUUACUAGAACUUUGUGCUCUGGUCUUGUACUUUUUUGGAUUUUGACUAUGGGGCUAGGAUAGAAGGGGUCGUCACUUACGUCUUGCUAUGUGGAACUCUGUAUAGGGUUUACUAUUAUCAUUUUUAAUAACCUGUUGUUAUGUGACAAUCCCUUUAAUGUUUUGUUGCAAGAGUUAAAAACGAAAAAAAUAAACAUUGGUGUUCAACUAAAGCUACAGUAGCGUUUGUUACACAAACACAAAAAUGGAAAAAAAAAAAACAUAUGCCAAAAUAUAUUUUAUAAAUAAUUUAAAAAUGUACAAUGAGAAUAUUUAAUGCUGUGUAGUUAUUUUAUCAGUAAGUUAUACUUGAAAUUAACUGGCAUUUGUUUUUUAUCUGUUUUAUUUUUUAUUUUAUUGUUUUUAAUUUGCUUUAUAUCAAAACUAUGGUUGCUUUUUUUCUGUUUCAGCUGAUCUUGGAUUUUUUAUUUUAUUUUAUUUUUUAUUUUUUUGGUUCACUGUGUUCCCCCCUGGCAACUGUUGAUUGCAGUCUACCUUGUUGUAAAAGAGUUUCUUAUUGGUCAGUUCUUGUGCCAUCAAGUUUCUGUGUGGGCAAAAAGAGAAAAAAUGUAAAAAAGACAAAAAAAAGGCAAAAAAAAAAAGAAGCAAUUUCAGCACCAACAGUAGUGUGUCAGUGCAACGAGCUUAGAGUGAGAUAGCAAACGAAACCAUAAACGGAAAAAAAGAUUCAAGGCAAACAUGAAACAUUCGAGAUAAGAGGUCGUCGCGUUGCUUAAUCUUAAUAUUUAAGUGCGGUUAGAGGAGACGAGAGCUUCUGAAGACGAGCGAAGUCAAAUGGUGAAAGUGGUUCCACUCAUUUUUGUGAAGUUUUGAUCUAAUAAUGUAUAUAAAUCUUUAUUCAGAUCCUGAUUCCCUUAUUUAAUCAGUUUGGAUUUGCAGAAUAUUCUGUUGUUUUCCAAAGAAAAACAUGUAUCUCCAAACUGACAUCUUCUGAAAAGAGAAUUCAACUUUUUUAAAUAAAAAUUUCCAGCAUUUCUUCCUAAAAACUGAUAAUAAAAAUGAAUAUUGGAUAUUGUCGAUUCUUAAAAUUCCAAAUUAUAACACAACAUAUAUGUUCCUACAGGCCAGUCACAAUAAAAAACAUGUAUUUUUAGACAAUAGUAUAAUAGAAUCCCAGAAAUGAUAGCAAUAAAUUAUAUAUAUUUCUUUUGCUACUGAUAUAAAAAUAUUAUAAUAGCAUAACAAAAUAUAUAUACAUAUAUAUAUAUAUAUAUAUAUAUAUAUAUAUAUAAACAUAAAAAAUCCCAUACCAACUUACCAACUUGUUGAUGCGUUUACGCUAAUUGUCCCUCCUUAAUUAGAAAAUCAUAAUCAUAAGCAAAGCAUCAUUGAGGUCAUGUGUAUUACAUAUUGUAUUAUAACUCAAUAAUGUAUUUAUAAUUAUAGUGACAGGUAUAUAUGUUUUAUAUAUAUUCAUUGUUACUCGUUUUUACCAACUAAACUGUCCCAUUCUGUUUUACCUCAUGUCCCAAUCACCCUUAAUUCAUCAUAUAUAUAUAUAUAUAUAUAUAUAUAUAUAGAGAGAGAGAGAGAGAGAGAGAGAGAGAGAGAGAGCUCUGUGAAAAACUAAGAGUCAGUUUCUCUGAUUUUGCUAUUUAUAGGUUUAUGUUUGAGUAAAAUUAACAUUGUUUUAUUCUAUAAAUAAAAUACAGACAACAUUUCUCCCAAAUUCCAAAUAAAAAUAUUCUCAUUUAUUUAAAAGCAUUUAUUUGCAGAAAAUUAAAUGAGAAAUGUCUGAAAUCACAAAAAAACAAGAUGCAGAGCUUUCAGACCUCAAAAAAUUGCAAAAUUAAUCAAAAUGCAUCUUGGCAUCAUGUUCUCCUCCACCAGUCUUACACACUGCUUUUGGAUAACUUUAUGCUGCUUUACUCCUGGUGCAAAAAUUCUAAUUCAAGCAGUUCAGUUUGGUGGUUUGAUGGCUUGUGAUCAUCCAUCUUCCUCUUGAUUAUAUUUCAGAGGUUUUCAGUUUGGUAAAAUCAAAUAAACUGUAUAUAUAUGAGCUGUAUAUAUUUAUAUAUAUAUAUAUAUAUAUAUAUAUAUGUAUGUAUACGACAAGCACAGAACUGCACAAAUUUGGUGGAACCACCCCAAAGCUAGUACAGAGGGUCUCUGGGUCUCGAGAAACGUAUAUUAUUAUAACAUUACUGAGAAAUCUUGCAGCGUCCGGCCGAAACGAGGGCCGGCCUCCAGCUUUACAUUACUACAUUACUAUUACUCUGUUUUUAAUGAUGUGGAAAAGUACAAAUGGUUAAAACGGCUAAAACGCAGACAACAAUAUAGACCUUGUAGCUGAAUGUUUUUUGCUGGUCUCACCUAAAGCUUCUGGCAACAUGAAAAACGGAUUUAUCACUGAAUGUAUACUGCAGCUUAUUAUUAAACUAUUAAAUGUUCUCCA